GGGCCAGGCGGGCGGGCGGGCGGGGCGCAGGCUGUGCGGCUGCGUACUAUUGCCGCCGCCGUCGCCGCGGUCAGAGGGAGCGCGAUGGCUGGGCCAGCGUGGAUCUCCAAGGUCUCUCGGCUGCUGGGGGCCUUCCGCAACCAAAAACAGGUGACCAGAGGUUUUGCUGGUGGUGUUAAGACAGUAACUUUAAUUCCAGGCGAUGGAAUUGGCCCAGAAAUUUCAGCGGCAGUUAUGAAGAUUUUUGAUGCUGCCAAAGCGCCUAUUCAGUGGGAGGAACGGAAUGUCACUGCCAUUCAAGGACCGGGAGGAAAGUGGAUGAUCCCUCCGGAGGCCAAGGAGUCCAUGGAUAAGAACAAGAUGGGCUUGAAAGGCCCCUUAAAAACUCCAAUAGCUGCUGGUCACCCAUCUAUGAAUUUAUUGCUGCGUAAAACAUUUGACCUCUAUGCUAAUGUCCGACCGUGUGUCUCAAUCGAAGGCUAUAAAACCCCUUACACAGAUGUAAAUAUUGUCACCAUUCGCGAGAACACGGAAGGAGAAUACAGUGGAAUCGAGCAUGUGAUCGUGGAUGGAGUCGUGCAGAGUAUCAAGCUCAUCACCGAGGGGGCGAGCAAGCGCAUCGCCGAGUUCGCCUUUGAAUACGCACGGAACAAUCACCGGAGCAACGUCACGGCGGUGCACAAAGCCAACAUCAUGCGCAUGUCAGAUGGGCUUUUUCUGCAAAAAUGCAGGGAAGUUGCAGAAAACUGUAAAGAUAUUAAAUUUAAUGAGAUGUACCUUGAUACAGUAUGUUUGAAUAUGGUCCAAGAUCCGUCUCAGUUUGAUGUUCUUGUUAUGCCAAAUUUGUAUGGAGACAUUCUUAGUGACCUGUGUGCGGGAUUGAUCGGAGGUCUUGGUGUGACACCAAGCGGCAACAUUGGAGCCAACGGGGUUGCAAUCUUUGAGUCGGUUCACGGGACUGCGCCUGACAUCGCCGGCAAGGACAUGGCCAACCCCACAGCCCUCCUGCUCAGUGCUGUGAUGAUGCUGCGCCACAUGGGGCUCUUCGACCACGCUGCAAAGAUUGAGACCGCGUGCUUUGCUACGAUUAAGGAUGGGAAGAGCUUAACAAAAGAUUUGGGAGGCAACGCAAAAUGCUCAGACUUCACAGAAGAAAUCUGUCGCCGAGUAAAAGAUUUAGAUUAAGACGGCUCCAAACAAUAUUUGCAUCAGUUGCUUCUAACGGAUGCCAUCUCAGCCUGUAUUAGAAUACCUCCCAUUCUGUAUGCAUUUGUUGCUUGUUUCUUGACAGAGUCCAUUUCUAGACCUGGCCUUUUCCUAACAAAAAUCUGUGCAAAGGAUGCAGGCGAUGUCCCUAGGCCUGCUUUCAAAGGACUUUUUCCAAGUGCUUGUUUUAUUUAUUACAUGUCUAUCUGGUAUCCUUUUUUUGUACACUUCAAGUGGACUGUAUCAUUUGCCAUUGUUAACCAUCUUACAUUUCAGUUUAAAGUUUUUCUUCCACUGUAAAUACCAUGAUACAGAAUUAAUAAGAGAAAAAUCUAACUUUUUAAAGAAAAUCUCUGAUUUCCUUGGUUUGUGAAAAAUAUAACAGAAAUAAAGUAGAAUAUUGAGGCAAUAGCACAAGAUGAUAUUCUUAUAAAACUAAACAGGCACAAGAGAAAUUUCCUGGGAAAGUUUCCAUCAAAACAGUAAAUACGGUAUAUUUCUUAGUGACAUGGAAAGUAAAGACUGAUUUGUCCUUUUACGUGAAUUACUGAGUAUAAGUAAAGACUUCAGAUCCAAGAAAUAUAUAAUGAGAAAUGUAAUUUUUGUUAAUAAGAUAUGGAUAAUAUAUUGGGUACAGACACAAAUGCAUUGUGUGUUCAAUUAUUUUUGUUACCUUGAGACUUAAUGUUCUCAGCGAGAGCUUUUAAUGAAGUGAAAGGGUGGUCCUUCCUUCUCAUUGGCCACACAUCAGGCAUCGUGCGAGACACAGCCCCUGUGCAGACACUGAGCCGGGACGUGGGAGCUGACCCUUGUGUUCCUUCACUCCCGCAGCAUGUAUGUCAUUGUCCGGAAGCGGACCACACUCCCACUGAUACUGCUAAAAGGUCCGAACACAUAAUCUGACAGCAAUUGAGGAGCCUGGGGUGCUGGCUAUUCAUUUUAUAUUUCACUGGCUGCCCCUUCCCCCAAAGCCGCAAAUCACUGCCCUCUGCCUCAGCACCGGCAAGAUGAGAGAUGAGCUGCAGACUCAGCCUGAGCUGGUUCACAAAAUUCGUGCCACACUGGCGCUUGGUUUCUGAUCUUCAGGCACUUCCUCGUCUCUCCUCUGUUCCCCACUCCUAGUGUGAUUUUUCUUUAAUCCUCAGAUACUAAGUCACUAUUUUCGUGCACCUUUUGGGCCCACCCUAAAGGCAACUCCCAUCCUCCUUGGUCCUUGUGUAACACUGUAAACCGGCAGCUUCGCAUAGUACACCCUGGUCACGGGGCUUUCCUAACAGCAACAAAUAGCCCGUCUGGGUCCUUUUUCAGGCUUGUAACCAGACUCACGGACUUACGUGUAUUUUACUUUGUUUAAACUGCUGCUGCUUCUGUUUUAUUGGAUUGUGCUAAUUAUCAGUGGUUCUUGGGUUUACACUAAUAAAGAAUUCCCAAGUGGA